GAGUCACCUCCCUUAGAAUCACAACCCGCCACAAGUGCACGGAAGCGCCAACCUCAGCGUCCCUGUCAACGCAACAUGUCAGCUUUACGGAGGGUAAGAAGUCCUCGAGCUUCUUUGAAAAAUACUAAGUCAGAAUCAUUGACUCCGAUUGUGAGUGCUUCUCGUCUGAGGAGAGUGCAGGAGUUAAUGAGGGAGAAUGGUUCUCUGCCAGGAAUAGAUUCUAUACUCUGUGUUUUAGGAAUUGACAGUCGACAUCACGAUGGAAGUAAGAACCUGGCAAACUAUCUUCUGUUUGGUUUUUGUGAUGCCUGGAAAUCAAUCAUGGGAAGGCCUUUGGUUGAUGAAGAUCAGUUUGAUGAUUUAGUGAUGGUUGUGAAGCGUCACAGUGUUCAUGUGUACUGUCACUCUGGCUUGUACCCUUACCUGAUAGACUACAUCAGCCACUGGAGGAACCUACGCCUUCACUGUCUGCGGGAUGAUUGCCAUUUUGAUGAGGACACGGCGGAAGAAUUCAAGAUGCGGAGCUUUGUGAAUAUGUUCCAUGACUGUGGUUCAGUAGGAAUCCCUCACAGCUCUGCUGAUCUAGCACAGUCCCAGCCUUUUGACAAGAUGAAGAUUGAGAAAUGGCCAAUUGUACAGGCUUUUGCCUUGGACGAGAUGGGAGGUGGUGGAUUCUUCACAAUGAAGUAUCAAGUCGAGGAUGUUGGUGUUCAAGUUGAACAACUGUACAGUAUGGCUGACCCUGUUACCAUGGAAACACUUAUCUCCAAGAAUUUGCCUUUGUUUGAGAGGCAGUGGAGUUCCCUUCUGACAUCACUUGAUAUUCACAUCUUGGAUGGUGAGACCGGUUGCCUCACAGAAGGUACAGUAGGAGAACCACUGUUGACAUACUACAAACACGGACGUGUUAGUGAAACAAACAACCCACAAAGCCAACAGCUCAGAUGCCCAUUUGUCCUGUUUGGGGCACACGCCUCCAGAAACAACAUUGAAGAACUUCAUAGGGGGGAGAACUCAUGUCUACAAAAUGAGAAAACCUCCACAAUCGAUGGUCAAUUGAAUUUGAUGGUUUGCCAGGCUGUAGCCCCUAAAAGCCCCCUUUGCUGUGCGAGAACCUAUUGCCUUGGACCACUCCAUGUCCCAUUCAGAGCAGGUUUGGAUGGAAUGGGAGAUGUUGGCAGCAAAGAAUCACAAGAUACACGCCAUUUCCAGAUGUUAUAUUCUGCUGUAAUUGAGGCUGUGGAUAAAGCAAUGACAGUGUAUACUACUACUCUAUCCAUCAAGCAGACAGAGAAAGAAGCCCUAUUGACUUUGAAACAGAAAUGUUCCCUGAUAGAAGAUGAGAUCUUACAGCAACACCUUCAGAAGAUUGGAAAUGUUUCACUCUCAAUCAAGGCAUAUGAUAGAAAAGGAAACUUGAAGCCUAUGACGGAGGGGGUUGCCUGUCCCCUGGUCAAGACUGUCACCCUCACAGUGUAUGAUGUGCCCAGUGGGGAUUCCCCUGGGAAAACCCUGGGCUCAGUGCUGUUUGCAGAAUCUUUCCUAGAUUCCACCAUCAAAGUCAGCAAGCCAGAUGGGACUGAACAACUCGAUGCCCAAUUCCUGGUAUUAACAGCAGACAUUCCAAGACUAGUUACGUGGUCAGCAGAUGGCUGCCGCAGAAAGGAAGGCAGUAUGGGAGAGGAUCGAUGGGGAAAGCUCCUUUCACCCGCAGAAAUCAGCCAGGCCACCGCCCGCAAUGCUUUCUCAAACAUCCCAGUCCAAGGAAAGACGGCUAUAUUUGAAAGAGCAAUUGUCUUCUCACACCAACAAGUGGGGGAGAUUUGUCUGACCAAAGAGCAGGUGGCAUCUUUACAGCUGUAUGAUGGGGAUUCUCCUAGCAAGGUGGCUGUUCUGGCUGUUGGAUAUCCUCCCUCUGUACAGAUGUUCAUUCCUGCCUCUCUCAGAUCACCAGAUAACACCCUUCUAGUGGCCUUCUUCCCAAAAUCAAGGGCCUAUAAAAACCUAUUCUCAAGUGUACUACCAGCUUGGAAGGAUGAGGGUAACUGGGGUCUGGAGAGAUUGUCUGUUUUACCAGAGAAAUUCAGUACCAUCUACGAUAAUCUGGAGAGAAUAUUCCUGGCUGAGAGCACAGCAAGUUUGAAACCAAUGGAAAAGACAGCAAUGUUAAAUAAAAACUUCAAUAAGUUCAUGGAUCACUUGUCAGCCAGCAGUGUAGGGAAUGUGGCUAUCCCAGAGAGAGAUCUUGGUGCAGUUUUGAAACAGCCUGUAGAGAGGGUGGGUCAAGCAGAAAACCCAGAGGAGAUUUUGAUCACCAUCAUCAGUGGUUUACCUGGUAGUCACAAGGAAAAUCUGUGUCAAGUCCUAAUGAACCUGGCCAAAGAACAGAACAGGUGGAUUAUAUUCAAGCAACCACUUGAUAAGGCCAGUCUUUUUAACCCAAAAGCCUUACAACAGUCCCUCUCCUCCACUCUGAGUGUGGUCCGCAAAAAGCGCCUGACAAGCAGCACGCGUCAGCCAAGUCUUCUCAUCCUUACCCCAGGGUUCACGGAUGUGAUUGAGGUGGUAAAGGCUAUCUGUUCUCACCCUGAUCCCAGUGUCAAUGAAUUCUAUAGAAUUGGUGCCAUAACCUGCUGUAUUGACCCUCAUACGGCUUUCAUGGAACACAGGCUGACUUUCCCAUCUUUGUUGAACCACUGUGCUCUGGGCUGGGUGAACAACAUUGUCUUUACUUCCUCCACAUCACCACAGACACCUGCACUGAUGGAGAUCCAGGACCUUAUCCGCAGUGUGAAUGAUGAUGUGGCCUUCAUCCUUAGCUGAGCAGGCACAGGUGACCAGGAGCACUGACAUUGCUCUGAUUCUGAGUGCCGAUGCCUUUAGUGCUGACAGCAUGAUCAGAUCUAGAUACCUGAUGACACCAGACUGGCUGGACACUGACUGCUACAGCAUCUACGGAGAGCCUGACAUGGGAGAAG